GACGGAGGAGGGCGGAGGCGCUGUGGUGGAAGGAAGCGACGUGAUUGGCACAGAGAAGGAGCGUCUGCGCGCCCCGGUGACCCCCCACCCGGAGCGCUUUAAAGGCCGAUAGAUGGCAGCUCAGCAUCCUCCCACAUCCACGGAGAAGGCGAGCCGGAGGACGGAGCGCGGAGCGGAGCGGAGCAAGCGGGAUAUUUUGAGGAUAUCAAAGUGAAUGAAAACAAACAAACAGAAAGAAAAAAAAAAGAUAAAUGACAUGAAAGAAUGAAGAUCUGACUGCGGAUUUUUUUUUUUGAGAUUUGAACGGAAAAUAUUGGUGGAGAUAUUUCACUUCAGAUACACUCCGAGAGAGAAAAGACAACUCAGCGGUCAUGCAGCACUACGGGGUGAACGGCUACUCUCUCCACGCCAUGAACUCACUGAGCGCCAUGUACAACCUUCACCAGCAGGCGGCGCAACAGGCCCAGCACGCACCUGACUACAGGCCCUCAGUUCAUGCCCUCACUCUUGCAGAGAGACUGGCUGACAUUAUUCUAGAGGCCCGGUAUGGCUCCCAGCACCGAAAGCAGCGGCGCAGUCGGACGGCGUUCACCGCCCAGCAGCUGGAGGCCCUGGAGAAAACUUUCCAGAAGACUCACUACCCUGAUGUGGUGAUGCGUGAACGUCUGGCCAUGUGCACCAACCUGCCUGAGGCCCGCGUUCAGGUCUGGUUCAAGAACCGUCGGGCCAAGUUUCGCAAGAAGCAGCGCAGUCUGCAGAAGGAGCAGCUUCAGAAGCAGAAGGAGGCAUCCGGAGCUGCAGAGGGUUCUACUGAGGACUCCAAGACUGACGUCACCAACUCCAACACCACAACCCUGGUUCCCGAGGCCCACACUCCUCCUCCUCCUUCCUCCUCCUCAUCGUGUCACUCAGAGACAGAGAGGCUGGCAGCCGCGAGGCCUCAGCCUGGAGAGAUGAGCGUGGAAGUCAACGUCACCUCCCCUGAGCCGUCGGACAGCGAGUCAGCAGCAGAGGAUAAUGCUGACAGAGAGGAGGACGAAAUGAGAGGGGAGAUGAGGGUUAAGAUCAGGGAGGAGACACAGGGGGAGGGGGGAGCGCAGCCGAGGAGCAGCUCCCCGUCCUGCAAACGGCUGAGUCCCACAUCAGACUCACCCCUGAGCUCCCCCGCCUUGCCGUCCUCCAGCAGUACAACCGGCGGUUUGGUGCAAAGCAACUCCUACGCUUCGUCGCCUCUCAGCCUCUUCCGGCUACAGGAGCAGUUUCGGCAGCACAUGGCCGCCACCAACAACCUGGUGCACUACCCGUCCUUUGACAUGAGCACGCCAUCCUCUCUGCCUUACCUGGGCAUGAACGUCAAUAUGCCGUCCCCGUUAAGCUCGCUGCCCUGCCAGUCCUACUACCAGACCCUGUCACAGGCCCAGCAGGUAUGGAACAGCCCCCUGCUGCAGGCAGCACCAGGCGGCCUCCCUGGAAGCCUCAACAGCAAGACAACAAGCAUCGAGAACCUCCGUCUGAGGGCCAAGCAGCACGCAGCAUCGCUGGGAUUGGACACGCUCCCAAACUGAAGCUGAAGCUGCUCAAUCUAUGCGUUCGCCCUCUAGUCAGGGCCGUACCUAUAAAUUAUGGGCCCCGUCAAGACACCUCUUCACCCCCUUCACCUUCCUCUUGACCUCUCACAUUGUCAGCACCUAUGUGAAAACUCAUUAGAAGCAUUAAAACGUAAGCUUUCUUUUUGGUCGCUACCCAAACGGCUGUCAUAAUUGAUGAAGUCCUCUGUUCAAAAUGUGUCAACAAUUCAAAUUCUUGCUUGUAUCAUCUCAUCUAACUGAAAGGCUGACAGUGUUUUGUUUGCAGUAUUUUUCUAAGACUUCAAAUAAAUCCAAUUUCAAAAGCAGAGCAGUGUGACAAACAGUAAAAAUUACAUAUUUUUCAGCCACACAAAAAAGAUCACAAACUGACUUUUAGAGCAGGCACUUUAGUUUGGGGUCAUGGGUUGUCACCACAACCCCUUCACCUCAUCGUCAUCAUAUGGGCAUACAGCUCACCCCUGAGAGCACUCCAGAACAUGAAGAACAUCUGCGUUGGAUAGACUAAACAGAAAAUAAGAUUAUAACAAGAACUCAACAGGACUUCAUGAAAAAAAAAAUUCCACCUGGACUGCAAUUGUGACCAAAGUGUGCUUUUUGCCUGUGGAUCUUUGCUUGUAUCCGACUCCUCCCGGUCAACACCCUAAGCCAAGUCUACUAAAACUAGUUGCUCACUAUGAUUCCAGCCUCCUCUGUAAAGUCAGGACAGGAAGUCUUGAACUGCAGAGCUGUCAGUCUCAUUCCAGUACAGAUAUAAGAUAUUAAAAUAUUCUGUAAUUCAACCCCUGAAUGUGAACUAUGCAUGCAUGCACUCCUCUAAAGCAUGGCUUACAGCCGCAAGAUACAGAAUGAAGUCACAUCAGAUAUCAGAAUUAAAGCUCAGAUCGCUCAAUAUAAUCCCCCAUUCAAUUGUAUUAUUUUUUAUUUUUUUGUAGAUGACAUGAUUCUCUUUGUUUGAAGUUACAGCACUCCGCUCUGCCGGCAAGUAUCCAUUGAGCGUUGUAAAUAUCCCUCAGUGUUGGCCUCCAUCUGCCUGGCUAAAGAGUAACUCCAUGUCUCCUUAUGUGUGAAGGAUUUGAGAGGAAAUGUUCAAUUUAUUCUUCAAUUGUGGCUUUAAGCAAAGGACCUACGGCAGAAUAGAAAUAAGAGGAGUAUCUGCGGACGAGGACAAAUAAAUAUGAGCCCAGCUGACAUUUUUAUUCACUCGGGUGCCAGACUAAACUUAACGGAGUCACCACUUUUUGUGAGACACCCUGGCCCAUUCUCAAUGUAUUAUAUCACUGUAGAUUCAAGACACGUAUUUCUUAAUUGUUUAAAAUGUGAGUAAUUUAUCUGUUUAUUGCAAGGGAAUAAAUCAAA